CGUCAGUCACAAUGGUGGUACAUCAAUGUGUGCAGUAAGAAAUUGCGAUAAAUAUGUGAAAACUUUAUCUAAACACCAGUUUGUGGCAGUGCUACGACCCUCUGACUCCAUAAUCAACGUAAAAUGGAUGCUUCUCGUAAUGGUACGAGCAGUUCGACUGCCGCCAUGACCGAUUGCAAAAUGGUCGAAAUCGAUUUCAAAACGAUUUGUCGCAUCUGUGGAAAAUCAGAGGAAAAUCUUACCUCGGUACAUUCGCGCUACCAAAACGACCUGCGGGGAAAGAUUGCAAAGUAUCUAAGCGUUGAUAUCGAGGAAAAUGACACCCUGCCAACGAAGAUCUGUUUUUGCUGCAAGGACAUCAUUACCAAGUGGCACGAUCUGUUCGAAAAGUGUCGUGUUAUGGAGCAGCGAUUUGCUUCCCUUCUAAGGACAUGCAAGGAUCAGCCGCAGGUAGAGGAAGCAGAGGAGCGAUCAGUUGCCAAAAAGAAUGAUAAACCAAAUCCGAUGGAAACCGAUAGUGUAGUUGACACCGAGAAAAAUGCAGUUGCAGCAACACAGGAAGAAGAAUCCCAUCAACAGGAUCAAGAAUCGAAGAGAAGCCAAAAAUCAUCUCCCCGCUCGAGGACGAUUAUUUGCACAUUUUGCAAAACUAACUCAGCAGCGCGUAGAUUCGAUACGCAGAUCGCACUUGUGGAUCACCUGAAGGAUCAGCACUGGGAUCAGAUAUUUCACUGUGAACAAUGCGACAACUAUUUGGAUCGGGCCAUCCUUAUCGAACACAUGACCAUGCACGCACUUAGUUUACUACAGCCUACAAACGGUGUUUCCGGCGAUACGGAACAGUGCAGUGUGGAGUCCGGAUCUGUUCCCGAGAUUGAAGAUGAACCGGAAGCAGAGCUUGAAGAGGCAGAAGGUAGCCAGCAAACGACUGAAUUGAAGUCCGGCGAGGGAAGCACAAACAAAGAAAAUGACGAGAAGGAUGUCGUUGUUCCGGAGGCGCUCAAGGGAGUGGAGAGUCGCAAGCUUUACUGUUACAUCUGCGAAAAGACGCUCGCCAACCGGAGCGCCUACUCGUAUCACGUCAAUCAGGUGCAUUUGAACAUCAAAAAGUUUGAUUGUAGCUUUUGCGAGAAAAAGUUCGGAAACCGCCGGCUGUUGAACAACCACAUCGCCAACGUACACUCGCGGGAGCGCAACUUUGCCUGUACUACUUGCGAUAAGCGGUUUAAGACGAACGUCGCGCUGUACAACCAUAUGCGCGUGCACGACGACAAGCUGCAGUUUAGCUGCCGGUUCUGCGACAAAAAGUUUCGCUUCCGGAAUCAUCUGGUCAGCCACGAGCUGAUCCAUCUGGACGAACGGAACUUUGCCUGCAAUGAGUGCGAGAAAAAGUUCAACACGAACGAAUGUCUACAGAAGCACAAGCUAACGCACGUCACCACGGAACCGUUCCAGUGCCCGUUAUGUGGGUUUAGCACGAAACAGAAGCGCUACCUGGUCAUGCAUGCCAAGCGCAUCCAUAUGGUGCGAUAGGAUGUCACGGGGUUAAGUGUCAUGGCACUGGCCAUACAUUGCUGUUUUUGUAGCAAAACAAACGGAAAGUGACGGUGUUAAGGAUCAUCAUCGUACUGACUAACGAUACUCAAUUCAUUCCUUCUUUUGCUCUACAUUCCAGUCACGGUAAGUUUAAUUUAUUUUAUUAUAAUCGUAGUGGAAAGGAAAUCUGCUAACAUACGAAAGGAUAUUGCUGCUAGUAGUAGUGAGUCGUAAAAGAGAAAUAAUUGGACGUAUUAAUCACAUUGAAACGAAAUGAAAUUGAUAUGCAUUCUCUUAGCUACCGGUGUACCUGAUAACGAAGAAAGAGGGGCAAAGAAAAUUAGCGAAUAGAUCGUAAUAAGUAGAAGUUUUCAUCAUUUUAGUGGAAUCGCAGUCAACUGACGAAUCAUACACCCCACUUACAACCACGAUUUAAGCAGACAAGUAGUUUAAAAGUCAAAAGCUCUGAAAAGCCCCCUACGUAAAGAGCGUACGACUAAUUUACUCCAUCAUCAUGUACUCCCUAGAAUUUCGUGUUGCCAGCCAGUUAAGUAAAUAAGAAGCGGAAAGCUUUUUCGUAUCGAAUACUCCUAGAGAAAAUCGUUCAGUUCGUUCGAGCCUUGAUUAGGUUAGCGUUUUUCAGUAAAAAUGUGAAAUGUUUGAAUUGCCGCACAUCGCUGCGGGUAUUGUUGGAGAAUCAUGUAAGUGCCACAAUUAUGUUGUUUUCUUUUUUCGGAACGAUUUUGCUAGUUUUAAUCAAGCCCUCCAGCAUCGAAUUAUCAGCCGCCAGUAUUUAUCCACGAUCGACAAGUGGUACGGUUUUUAGGGUGGUAAUUGUUUUUGCAUUUAUUUAUUUAUUUAUUUAAAAAUUCUUAUCCAUAGUCGAACGUUGCUGUUACUCUGUAAGAACGCGUAUUUAUUAAUCGAGCCAAUAAAUUUAAUGGAACGUGCUAAGUUAUUCUCUGUCGUAGAGCAAAAA